AUCACGCAAGAACUUUGAAAUUUGGAUGUUCUCAAUGAAUUAUGCUACAGAAUUAACUAUCUGCGUCGUAGGCUUUCGUCAACCUCCAGCAACUUCCCUCUUCACCUGCUACCUGUCUGUGCAGUCUAGAUACCCAGUAUCGGCCUGAGACACAGGAAUGAGUCAUCCUCUGCCCAAACAGGUGGCAGUGGUCACACCCGCAGAAACAGUGUGAGGCAGGUUGCUGGCAGCACAAUAUAUAGCUCCAGGGGAAAAAGUCCAGUGACAGAGCAGCAUGGCUUCUGACAGAGGUCCUUCAGCUGGAGAUGCUACCUUGAGGAGAAGAAUUGAACCCUGGGAAUUUGAAGUCUCCUUUGACCCCCAAGAACUCUGUAAAGAGACCCGUCUGCUCUAUGAAAUCAAGUGGGGCAAGAGCCAGCGCAUCUGGCGACACUCGGGCAAAAACACCACCAAGCACGUUGAACGCAAUUUUAUAGAACAAAUUACUUCAGAAAGACGUUUUCACCGAUCCGUCAGUUGCUGCAUCAUCUGGUUCUUGUCCUGGAGUCCCUGCUGGGAAUGCUCCAAGGCUAUUCAGGAAUUUUUGAAUCAGCAUCCUAGAGUGACCCUGCUUAUUUACGUAGCACGGCUUUUCCAGCACAUGGAUCCGCGAAACCGGCAAGGACUCAGAGACCUGACUCACAGUGGUGUGACUAUCCAGAUGAUGGGACCCACAGAGUAUGAUUACUGCUGGAGGCAUUUUGUCAACUACCCACCUGGGAAAGAAGCUCACUGGCCAAGAUACCGCCCUCUGUUUAUGAAGCUGUAUGCACUGGAACUCCACUGCAUAAUUCUAGGUCUCCCUCCCUGUUUAAAUAUUUCAAGAUGUCAGAAUCAGCCGACCUCGUUCAGACUUAUUCCUCAAAAUUGCCAUUACCAAAUGAUUCCACCCCAUAUCCUUUUACAUACGGGGUUGAUACAACUUCCUUUGACUUGGAGAUGAAUAGAGUAUAUACUGUUUCAUGAACAGGAACUGAUGGCCCACUAAAGAGUACCAUUAGAAUCGAGAAAUUUUACGUUUGCAUUUCUAGACACUAACAACAUGUUAUCUGGAAAAGAAAUUUAAAAAAAAAAUCCCAUUUAUAGUAGCAAUGAAAAAUGAUAAAAUACUUCGGAAUUAAUUUGACCGAGGAGAUGAAAGAUCUGUACACUGAAAUCUACAAGAGAGAUUGAAGAAGACACAAAUAAAUGGAAAGACAUCCGAUGGUCGUGGAUGGAAGAAAUAAUAUUGUUAAAAUGUCCCUACUAUACAAAGCCAUCUAUAAAUUCAAUGCAGUCCCUAUCAAGAUUCCAAUGGUAUUUUUUACAGAAAUGAAAGAAAAAUCCUAAAUUUCAUAUGGAGCAACAGAAGACCCUGAAUAGCCAAAGCAAUCCUUAUGUAUCUGAAGGAAAUGAAAUCAUUUUCUCAAAGAAAUAUCUGCACUUCUGUAUUCAUUGUAGCAUUAUUUACAAUAGCCAAGACCUGAAAACAAUCUAAGUAUCCACCAACAGAUGAAUGGAUAAAGAAGAUGUGGUAUAUAUACAUAUAUACACACACAAUGGAAUAUUAUAUAGCCAUAAAAAGGAAGAAAAUCCUGCCCUUUGCAACAACAUAGAAGAAACUUGAAGGCAUUUUGCUCUUUGAAAUAAGUCAGAGACAGACAAAUACUAUAUGAUCUCACUAAUAUGUGGACUCUUAAAAAAAUCUGACCUCAAAAAAAAAAAAAAAUCUGACCUCAUGGAAAGAGACAAAAUUAGUGGUUGCCAGGGACAGGAGUGAAAGUGGUCAGAGGGUAGAAACUUUCAGUGUUGUUUUUUGGGUUUUUUUGACUACACCAUGCGGCUUGUGGGAUCUUAGUUCUCCAACUAAGGAUUAAACCCAGCACUCGGCAGUGAGAGCGCAGAGUCCUAACCACUGGACCGCCAGGGAAUUCCUGGACAAACUUUCAGUUUUAAGAUGAACACAUUCUGGGGAUAGAAGGUAGAGCAUGGUGAUUAUAGUUUAUACUGUACUGUGCAGUUGAAAUUUUCUAAGAGUAGAUCUUAAAUGUUCUUGCCGUACACAAAGAGGUGUAAGUCUGUGCGGUGAUGAAUGUGUUAGCUUACCUUAUUGUAGUAAUCAUUUUGCAAUAUAUACAUAUAUCAAAUCAUUACGUUGUACACCUUAACGUAGUGGGGCUUCCCUGGUGGCACAGUGGUUAAGAAUCCACCUGCCAAUGCAGGGGACACAGUUUUGAUCCCUGGUCGGGGAAGAUUCCACAUGCUGUGGAGCAACUAAGCCCAUGGGUCACAACUACUGAAGCCCGCGCACCUAGAGCCCGUG